UCACAUCGUCCAAUCAGCGUGCUACGUGUACCACGCUGAGGGUCAGGGGUUGCCAAGCAGACAGGAAGAUGGCGGCAGGUGGACUGAGCUGUAAGCAACGCCGACACUGAUUUAGUAGGCAGCUAAUACAGAAGAUUACAGCCCCUGUACCACCAACUCUGAGCGGUCUCCCUGCACACCUUACUUCGAAGAAGUAAGGGAACUAAUGGCGCUGCUGUACGGCUUGUUAUGGCGGCUUUUGCUGCUUUUGGUCCACGUCAAUAGAGCGCUCGUCUCCUGGCUCCGUGUCCGGCUACGGAGCUGGAAGGGCCGGCUGUGGGAGCGGGCAGUGGCCGCUCUGCUCCUGCCUCUGGCUCUGGCCGGGUUCCCAGACCAGCAGAAGAAGUUGAAUGGUAACCCCGAUGCUAACGCUAACCCGGUGACCGGAAAGCGCACUGCCAGUCGCCGCUCACGGUGGCUGUCUGACGGCAGAUCUCUGGAGAAGCUGCCGGUACACAUCGGCCUGUUGGUGGCGGAAGAAGAGCUCAGCUACACGGACAUCGCAAACCUGGUGGUCUGGUGUAUGGCUGUCGGUAUAUCUUAUGUCAGCGUGUACGAUCAUCACGGUAUUUUCCGGAAGAACAACUCCCGUAUGCUGGAGGAGAUAGUAAGACAGCAGCAAGACUUGCUGGGUGUAGAGGGAUCCAAAUGCAAUGUGGAGUUCCUGACCAAUGGUACAGAUGAACACCAGCGCCACGUGGUCUCCUGCAGGCCCACAGUGAAGGUGUUGUCUCCAGAGGACGGGAAGCAGAGCAUCGUCCAGGCAGCGCAGCAGCUCUGUCGCUCUGUGGAGAACAAAGAGAGGAGCUCCCAGGACAUCAGCGUCUCCAUGCUGGACAUACUGCUCAGAGAGUCAAAGAACAUCCCAGACCCGGAGCUGGUGGUGAAGUUUGGUCCGGUGGACAGCACACUGGGCUUCCUCCCCUGGCACAUCAGACUCACAGAAUUCAUCUCCCUACCCUCCCACAGAAAUGUCUCCUACGAAGACUUGUUAGGCGCCCUGCAGCAGUACGGCACCUGUCAACAGCGGCUUGGCCAGUGAGGUGCAGGCCAGCGUCCGGUUCUUAAUAUAUCGAGAGAAGUGUGGGAUUCACAGUCAGAGGGGUGUUUGAACAGGCGGCGACCCCUCCGUGGCUCACUGUCUCUCACUACUCUUUCCCGACCCUCCUCCUCCCCCCCGACUCUGUCCAUCUCCUGGCUCUCUAACAGACUGAGACAGCUAAAAGACGAGGAAACCAGGAGACACAGCCAGCCAGCUCACUUCCUGCCGCCAGCUCUUGUCUUAUGAUAAACUUGCAUUCCAGGACCUCUGGAACAUACUCUCCAAGCCAAGAGACAAUAGCACAUCAGAGACACACACUGACAUGAGAAGACUGUCUGCACAGAUUCAGUGUUCCACAAACCCUGUUCUGUCCUCUCAAACCCUCUGGGUCACUGUCUCAGUGUUCGGUCUCCAGCUGCUGUUUACUGCCUUCACUCAGCAGAUAUCAAAGAAGAAACAAGGCUUUGUACCCGUCCUCGUGAGGCAUCCUGGGAAAUAUAGCUGCAUGUUAGGGAGAAUCUCAACUAUCAACACAGGAGAUGAACAGCUGAAGUUGAGCUUUGGGACAGAGUGGUUAAUAAUGUGUAAAUAUUAGAAAUGUAUGUGGCUCUGUGUUUGUCCCUGUGGCCUCCAGCUUCAGUCUUGAGUUCAUGUGUAGUGUUGCUUAAGACACAUACAGAGGUUUGUUUAAAGCUCCCGUUAGACUGACCAAGCUCUGAAAUAAAGAAAUGCACUGUUUGUCUACUGACUCUACACUCUCAUUCUUAAGUGACACAAAAUGGACUUUUCUGUAAUUCCAUGGCAAAGUAGAGUCCAUUUUUGGGGAUCACACCAGCUGUGAUGCUCAUCACCGUGUUGACCCAUGAGUCGUUACUACAUGAUUUGUCAGUGCUCAUGGGUCAGACUGCACCCAUCAAUUCGGUCUUAAUUUUGAUUUCAACUACACGCCUGUAAUGUUUCAUGACCGCUUCAGAACAGUUGUGGGACAGGGGUGUAAAGUGAGGGAAGAGGGGCAAUGACCUCUCUGUUUCCUACUGCUCUUCUUCCAGUGCCCAUGUCAACAGGCAUAUAUACAUCAGGAGUAGUAGUGUCAGGUUCUCAAAACUGCUUCUGUGAUAGUUCCCUGUGUUGUCAAAUGACAAAUAAAUGAACCUUGAAACA